ACAUGCCCGAACUGUCAGAAUUACCAGAUACCCUCGAUGGGGACAGGAGUCAAUCCCCGAGGACUGAACGGCUGCCAGCUGUGGCAGACAGACAUAACUCACUUCCCACCUUUUGGAAGAAGUGCCAUCCUUGUCCAAAGAUGAAAAUUAUCUCCGUCGGUGCUGUCCUCACCGCUGCCUGGAUGCUCUUCACCGUACCAUAUGCCUUCGGCUGGAUUAGCCCACAGCCUAGCCACAAUGUUUGGGUAACCUUAGCGAAAACAUUAAAACAGGAUAACAUGUGCUUAUCCAUGGGAAGCAUUGAUAACCCACUUUCCACAUGUUUAGUAGGGAUUCUAUUCGUAGCAGACGACUGGCCCGUCUAUAAUUCAGAGCUCCUCUGCACCACAGGUAAGAGACCCAACAUGGUAGAUACUUGGGACGAGUGGACAAAAAUGUUGCCCAAUGCUCAAGAGGAACCCCAAGAAUUGGACCUGUUGGGGUCCUCUAAGGCAACAUACUGCGUCAAAUUUUACUUUAGAUGUCCAAAGAACAAUUGGCCAGAAAUUGACCAGACAAAAAACACAUACAGAAAGGAUGUGUCACCCGUUAAUAAAGCCUAUAACUAUCUGGAUUGGUGCAAUUACACCACUUGGAAGAGCUGUCACUGGAAACCUUCGCAGGAGCUGCCAAUAAAGCCACCGCUGCGGAACCUCAUACAGGCUUCUCCUCUGAAAUCACUAGGAGUUGAACUCACUAGAGCUGAAAUCACUCCAGAGUUGCUCACUAGGUCACCAGCGGCUGGGAGCUAG